UUCACUUUUUGAAGUACACAUAACUCUCGGAUUUAAAUCCGAAGUUUCCACAUUUAUUUGUUCUAUGAUAUCAUGAUAUCUAGUCAUCCACCGCUAUAUACAUAUGUACAUGUUUUCCCUGGAUAGAAGAAUAUAUAUAUAUAUGUAUAUGCGGACAUUUUUCAGUAAGAGUGGGGUCAGAUAUAUGUUUGAUUAAAAAAAAGAAGCAAAAAAAAACAAAGAAUAAAUAAAACCUCUUUACCUCUUCCCUAAUAUUGGUGCCGUGACCGAUUGUUUUAUUAUUUAUUAAUAAUAAAACACGAACCAACACAAAAAACUCAUAUACCAUUGAAAUUUUAAAAGGAAAAAUAUAUCGGUAAGUGAUUACAUUUUUUUUUUAUUCAUUUACUUUAAAGGUAGUUCCAUUGGAAGCUGCCUGCAAAACCUCAAUUGAAUUAAAGAGAUAGUUCCAUUAGGAAUUGUCUGAGAGAGGUAAAAUAAAAAGUCAAACAAAAGAGAAUAACUCUUUGACUUAUUAUACAUAUAACGUUAUCGAUUAAAGUCAACAUUAUAUUAUCACAAUUUUGUUAUUGAUAUUAAAAUAACGGCUUAUAGUCUUCGAAGUACUGGUAAUGAUCCAGAAUUUACUGGUGAUUUAUUAACAAAAACAUCUGAACGUACAGUAAAAAGAUUAACCUUGGAGUCAUUAAAUCAUACUACUGAACAGAUUCAAACGAUGUCUCACACUGCACAAGAUUCAGCAAUGAUGAUAUGUUAUCGUGAAUGCUUAUCAAAUUUGGAAAGGUUCAACGGUGGUGAAGAACAAAAAAUCUUACAAUUUAUUAAAAAUAUUGAAAGAAUUGGGAAGAUGAUCGAGGCAAAUGAUAAUAUAUUAUAUUGUAUGUGUACAGCAAAACUAGAUGGUGAAGCAAAAUGUUGGUACGAAAAUAACAUGUCAUUAACCCAAUGGGAAGGAUUAAAAUCAGCAUUACUUGAAAGAUUCACAACACCUGAUUCAUCAUCAAAACUAUUCGAACAAUAA